AUGGCCUCAGCUCAGUCCGGGGACCUGUCGCAUCCGACUGUUGGUGAAAAUAUUCAGUCGGAAUUAGAUGAUACCACGAAGAAUUCAGAUGAGGCAGAGGAACGGGAUGAAAGUGUUUUAAAAAACGCCGAAAAUGACCUCAGCGUUGAUGUGGUGCCGAACAGUCAAAGGGAGGCAACUCCUACAAGCAUGUUAAAGUUUUCAAUCUCAGCAUUGUUGGAUCUACACGAAAGCCCAAGUCGACCGACUGUCGACGCAAGUUCCACCUCGACAGCUGAAACCACGUGCCCCGCCCUCCCUGUCAACAAGGAGCGUUUCAGUGACAAGAUUUGCGGCAAGGGCAAACGGAACAGGACGACGUUUUCGACGCGGCAGCUGCAGGAGCUGGAGAGGGCGUUCAGGAAGACGCACUACCCCGACAUCUUCACCCGGGAGAAGCUGGCUUCCCGCAUCAAGCUUCCCGAGUCCAGAAUACAGUCGUCAGACAAUACGCUGUCUGAGGACCCGUGGAUAACAGAUGGCCACCAUAGCAGAUCGCCCAAGGCCUGGUGUGCCGCGUGUGAUGUCACACCAAGAUGA